AUGGAAGUGAGUACUUGUAAUGGGGUCUUUUGUCUAUCCGAUGAUGUUUAUGGCAAAUACACUGGUAGGGCUGCUUUAUGGAACCCUAGUGUUAGAAAGUUUAUUGCCAUUCCUGGUCCUAAUGUUACGUUUACCUCACAUGGACCCUAUAUACACUCACUUGGGUUUGGUUUUGAUUCCACUACUGAUGAUUUUAAGUUGGUGAGUGUAGUGUAUUUGCAAGAUAGUGAUUUUAACUUUUAUGAGAUUCCGCCUUUGGUUGAGAUUUACAGUUUGAGAAGUAGGUGUUGGAGAAUGGUUCAUAAUGAUCUGAGACAUGCCAUCCCCGAGUGCUCAACGUCUGCUUUUCUGAAAGGAGCUUUGUUUGAUGGAUCACUUCUGCUGGUUCAUUUUAUGAAAUUGAUUGGAGAAGAAGAGGAUUUUUCAGUUUGGAUGAUGAAAGAAUAUAGAAUACGAAAGUUAGUAGCUUGUAGGCUAAAUGGUAAGGUUCUAUUGGCAAAAGGAGGUCGAAAGCUAGUUUUCUAUGUUCCAAAGACAGAAGAAAUCUUUGAUGCAGAAAUUUUGGGCGAUGUACGCUUUGAUGCUUUUGUGGAUAGUCUUGUUUUACUCAGUGAAGCAAAUGAAUUUACAGAAGAGGAAGCUUCUGAGGGUGAUGACGCGAAUGGAGUUUCAAAGGAUCAUUAUUCUUUCUUCUGA